AACCACCAGGAAAAUCCUUUUUAUAACCUGUAAAAGAAACAUAAUUUCCUUAUAUAAAAAAAAGAUUUCCCACUGAUAAUGAAUAUCCGCCAUCGACCUGGCACACCUCCUCCCCACCUCAGCCACAUGGCGGCUAGAAAUGGCAACAGGAAUAUGGCCUACAUGGUGCCAGGCAAUAUGUCCAGCAAUAAUGGAGGAGGAAGGGGAGGAGGAGCUGGAGGAGGAAGAGCUGAAAGAGGAGGAGAAGGGCUCGGAGGAGGAAGAACCGCAGGAGGAGGAGCCGCAGAAGGAAGAGCCGCAGGAGGAGGAAACGGAGAAGGAGGAAGAGGUGGAAGAGGAACAGCUGCUGUUGCACGAGGAGCAGUAGGAGUAGAACCCACUAGACCAACUGGACCUGGAGAACCCUCUAAAUCCCCCAACAAACGCCAGAUGUGGCCCAACACCAGAGAUGGCUACGAACUGGGCGAUGUAAUUGGUGUUGGAGCCACGGCCGUUGUCCACGGAGCCUUCUGUGUGCCCCGCAAGGAGAGGUGUGCCAUUAAGCGCAUCAAUCUGGAGAGAUGGAAUACAUCAAUGGAUGAACUGCUCAAGGAAAUCCAGGCCAUGGCCUCCUGCAAUCACGAGAAUGUGGUAACCUAUCACACCUCCUUUGUGGUGGAUGAAGAACUCUGGCUGGUGCUGCGCCUCCUCGAGGGUGGCUCCCUACUGGACAUUAUCAAGCACAAGAUGCGCCUUUCCAACUGCAAGCAGGGUGUCUUUGACGAGGCCACCAUUGCCACAGCCCUCAAGGAGGUGCUACGCGGUCUGGAGUACUUUCAUUCCAAUGGACAAAUCCAUCGGGACAUCAAGUCGGCAAAUAUACUAAUUGGCAACGAUGGAACCAUACAAAUUGCUGAUUUCGGGGUGAGUGCCUGGCUGGCCACCGGUUGUGAUUUGUCGCGCCAGAAGGUGCGUCAUACUUUCGUCGGGACACCCUGUUGGAUGGCACCGGAGGUGAUGGAGCAACAUCAUGGCUAUGACUUUAAGGCAGACAUUUGGUCCAUUGGUAUAACAGCCAUUGAGAUGGCCACUGGAACGGCACCCUAUCACAAGUAUCCCCCGAUGAAGGUUCUCAUGCUGACCCUCCAAAACGAACCGCCCACCCUGGAUACGGCUGCCCUCAACCAGGAUCAGUACAAGGCAUAUGGCAAGACCUUUCGCAAGAUGAUUGCCGAAUGUCUGCAAAAGGAUCCCGCCAAACGGCCCAUGGCCAGUGAGCUCCUCAAACAUGCCUUCUUCAAGAAGGCCAAGGAUCGAAAGUAUCUCGUCCAGACGCUGAUCCAAUCUGGUCCCAGUUUUGAGAUCAGGGUACACAAGGCGGCAAAGAAGCAACCAGGAUGCUUGCAUCGCUCAAUGUCCGGCGAAUGGGUUUGGUCCAGCGAUGAGGAGGAGGAGGAAGAGGAGGAUAGCAGUAGCUCGGUUGGCUUCGCUUCGAGUUCCAACUCCGGUGGCGGUGGUGGUAAAAAUCAACCCUCCUCGGACUCGGACUUGGAGGACAAACCCAUAAAUUGCUUGGCCAAAGCUGAUUCCUCGGAUAGUGAUAAAGAGGAAUCAUCACCGGAUGCCACAAUGACUUCAGAGACUCAAGAUGAGGGAGCUGCUAUUGGUGCUCCUGUUCCUAAUCAUGAGGCAAACACUAGAUUCGCCCAGCUACCGCUAACCAAAGCUUCUGCGGCACCCGUUAAUCUUGUCCUGCGCAUGCGUAUGCGCAAUGUCCAACGUGAACUCCAUGACAUACGCUUUGAGUUUGUGUCCGGCAAGGACACCGCCGAGUGUAUAGCCAAGGAGCUGGUCGAUGCUGCCCUGGUAGAUGCCCUGGACAUCCUGCCAAUGACCCAGCAUUUGGAGAAACUGAUAGCCGCCAGCAGCACCAUGAAGAAGAUCACUUUUCAAUUGAUAUCCGGCGUCCAGCCGGGUGAAGUCCCGGAUGAACGAUUAUUGGUGGGCUUUGCCCAGAUCUCCAUCACGGAUUAGGAGAGAGAGAGAGAAAGAGCAAGGGAUCUCCGAAAACUUCACCUGUCUCGGGAGAGAUCUUGCCACUGAACACUAGACUCUUUACCAAACUGGACAUUUCCAGUAUCACGAAUGUGACUUUUGGCAUAAUAUUUACAUUUUCAAGAAUUUUUAAAAAGAAAUAAAUAAAUUGCAUUGAUCAUUGUAAUUAUAUUAAAUUAAAAAUUCUUAAUCUUGGCUCUUGACCUGCAAAAGUUCCUUAAGUGUACUUAUCAUUUUUUCAACAUAUAGCACAAAUAUAUCAACAUAUAUAGCACUAAAGUUUUGUAUCUUUAUAUAAAAUAUUAUUGCAUUUAUGUAACUUGAAAACAAAUAAAUGAAAAUUAAUUAUUUUUAUCACUAAAAUGGAAGAUCAGUUGGUAUAAGAGGGAUUUCGGGGG